AUGAAUUACUAAACCUGGCUCAAACUUUUCGAUGUAACAGUUAGAAAAGAGCAAAACUUCUGAAGGUUUGCAGAAGACAGUAAGAGAACCACCAAGAAGGCUAUUGCAGUAUUGUCAAUUCCAGAAGUCUGGUACUGGGACCGCUACUCCAGCUUCCUUGUUGCUACUGGUGGCUGGGCCUUAUCCCAACGCUACUUGACUGCUGAAUGUGCAGAGAAUAUCACUCUAAGGACAACUGUCUGCUUUGUGUUUGAGCACCUGCCACUAUAUAAAUACCCUUCAGUUGGAAUUUACUAUUGCCAAUAUGUAUCAUUCUGUGUCUGAAACCAGUCACCCUUUGCAAACAGAGGAACAAGAAAUAGGCAUUGAUCCCUUGCAGAGUUAUUUGCACAAGCCAGGGGAAGGAGGAUCAAAUGAAAAUGGAAGCACACACCACACCUCAGAUUCUGAUGGAACAUUUAUUUCUUACAGUAAAGAAUGGGAAGAACUAUUUGUAAACAACAAUUACUUGGCAACUAUACGGCUGAAGGGGAUUAAUGGGCAGCUGAGAAGCAGCAGGUUCCGUAGUGUUUGCUGGAAGUUAUUUCUGGAGGUUCUACCCCAAGAUAGAAGUCAAUGGAUUAAAACCACUUCAGACUUAAGAACUUCUUACAAUAAGAUCAAAGAAAUUCACAUUACAAACCCUCGGAAAGCAGGACAGCAAGAUCUGAUAAUCAACAACCCGCUCUCUCAGGACGAGGGGAGUCUUUGGAAUAAAUUUUUCCAGGAUAAAGAGCUUCGAGCAAUGAUUGAACAAGAUGUGACAAGAACCUUUCCUGAAAUGCAGUAUUUCCAGCAAGAGAAUGUGAGGAAAAUUCUUACAGAUGUUCUGUUCUGCUACGCCAGAGAAAAUGAGCAGUUGCUUUAUAAACAGGGUAUGCAUGAGCUUUUAGCUCCCAUUGUCUUUAUCCUGCAUUGUGACCACCAAGCUUUUUCACAUGCCAGUGAAGCUGCACAACCAAGCGAGGAAAUGAAAGUUCUUUUGAAUCCUGAAUAUCUGGAACAUGAUGCCUAUGCAAUGUUCACACGUCUUAUGAAAACUGCAGAACAUUGGUUUUCAACUUUUGAACAUGACAGUCAAAAGGAGAAAGAUGUGAUGAUUACACCUAUGCCAUUUGCAAGGCCACAGGACUUAGGCCCAUCUAUUGCUAUUGUAGCGAAGGUAAACCAAAUUCAGGAUCAUCUGCUGAAGAAACAUGAUAUUGAGCUGUACAUGCAUCUGAACCGACUGGAAAUUGCUCCACAGAUUUAUGGACUGCGAUGGGUAAGGCUCCUGUUUGGACGUGAAUUCCCACUUCAAGACCUUCUGGUUGUCUGGGAUGCUCUAUUUGCUGACAGUAUCACCCUGAAUUUAGUUGACUACAUUUUUGUAGCCAUGUUGUUAUAUAUUAGAGAUGCCUUGAUUUCAAGUAAUUAUCAGACCUGUUUGGGACUUCUGAUGCAUUAUCCACCUAUUGGAGAUGUUCACUCCCUUAUCCUAAGAGCACUUUUUCUCCGAGAUCCAAAGGGAAAUCCAAGACCAGUGACUCACCAAUUCCAACAAAAUUUAGAUUAUUACAAAGCACGUGGAGCAGACUUGAUGAACAAAACCCGCGCCAGUGCUAAGGCGGCCCCACUGAACAUUAACAAAGUCUCCAACAGCUUACUGAAUUUUGGCCGAAAGCUCAUUGCUCCGGCUAUGGCUUCAGGCGGGGCUGUGGGCGCUCCUGCCGGCGGGAGCAGCUUUCCUCCCCCUGCAAUGCCCAUCAGAAGUGCAGUGGAAGCCCCCCAGCACCACCACCACCACCACCAGCACCACCACCACCACCAGGCACAGCAGCAGAGGAUGAUGAAGUCCGAAAGCAUGCCAGUUCAGCUGGGCAAAGGCCAAAGUUCAAAAAACAUCAGUUCAUCUCCAAGCAUAGAGAGCUUGUCUGGAGGACGUGAAUUUACAGGAUCUCCACCUUUGUCUGCAUCAAAAAAGGAUUCCUUUUUCAGUACAAUCUCCCGCUCCCGUUCCCAAAGCAAAACUAUGAGCAGGAAAGAAUCGGAGGAGGAAUUGGAAGCCCAGAUUUCAUUUCUACAAGGACAGCUAAACGACUUGGAAGCCAUGUGCAAAUACUGCGCGAAGAUGAUGAACACACAUCUUGGAAAUAUUCAGGAAGUCAUAUUACAAGAACACUUGGAAAAAGAAGAUGAAAUUCUGGUUUCCUUGGCUGGUUUGAAGCAGAUCAAGGACAUUCUGAAAGGUUCAUUGCGUUUCAACCAGAGCCAGCUCGAAGCUGAAGAAAAUGAGCAAAUCACUAUAGCCGAUGAUCAUUACUGUUCCAACACUCAGAACAAGGGGACAGGUGAUGUCCUAAAGGGACCUGUUAUGACAAAGCAACAGUUCGUCUCAGGACGACAGACUACGACUCAUUCGAGCACUAGUGAGAGCAAGAGUGCUGAUGACUAUAUUAUGGUUUCCAAAGAAGAGGAAGGAAGUAGAAGUGCUGUCCCAGAGCCAGCGCAGUCCCUUCAGGCACACAAGGAGGCAGCAGUGAAGCCAGAAGCUCCGUCUCGUUCUUCUUUGAUAUUCUCUGACCCACUGAUGGGCUCCAUUUCAGCCUCCUCCAGCAACCUGAGCUCCAGCCCUGAUGACAACAGUAGUAAUAACAGCAAAGAUUCUGACUUUGCUAUUGUCAGCCCACUGGACAUCUAAAGAAACAAGUUGGGAGAGUUUGGGAGGUCAAUCAUUACAACUCAGCUCAAAUUCCUAUGAUUCCACGGGCUGGAUAGUUCUUUGGAUUAGAAGGAGAGAAAAUAGAUAAAGGUAACCCAUUUCAGCUGCCAAAAGCCUAAAUUAAAAAAAAAAAAAACCACAAAUUUGCAACUUUUCAAAAAGAAUAGACACCUUUUAAUAACUGCCUUAAAUAAAGACCCAGUAAAACCCAGUUCUAAUAUACAGUUAUUCUUAGUUAUAUGGUUAUCUUACUUAGGAGCUUUGUUACUAUAGAACUGUUGCUUUCCCAAAACAUAGAAUAGUAUGUGCUAGGUACCAUAAUGGAUUAGGAAAUGUGUAGAUACUUGGCAUCAGACCUGAAGCAGCAAAGACAAGCUAGGUUUAAUAUCGUGCUUUUACAAAAUGUGCUCGACUGGGUUUUCUGAAUAGGAAAAGGUACUGUUUCUUCAGAGGCUGUGAUUAGAGAAGUAGGGAAUGUAUAUCAGAAAGAUUAAAAGCAUCAUCCUGGCAGUAAGCUUGUUCUCAGCUGAGGAAUUCUAGUUUCUUCAUUUUCAUCCGGCAGUAGCCUGAGGUGUGUUCAAGGCAGAGGUUUGUGUAGUUGUUCCUCAGCCCUGUCUUACAGGAGAAUGUGUGACAAAUUCCUUGAGAACGGGGACCUAUACAACACAGCCUUAUUUCCCUUUGCCUACUUUUUUUCGCCUUGAGAGUUCCCAGUUCACCUCUUUCCCUCAUUAUAUCUGUCUACUUUUACUCCCCCUGGAAUGAAUUAUUUUUUAUUUCACUGAGACUACCACGGUUAAAACAGUAGGUGCAAGGGAAAUUACAGUAUUUCAUAGUGUAGACCUGAGCCAGUUGAACUAAAACUAGCUUGAGUAUGAUAACUUACCAGGGAAGGGUGCAAAGUGAAAUGAAACGUUCAUAAUUAAAAGCACUUUAUGUCUCAUUACUAUUAUCUUCUGUAGAUUCUGUUUACAUAUAUUCCUAUACAAUUUCCACAUUUCUAGUCAAGCAAAACAUAAUGGUGCAGCAGCAUUAACCAACAGAAAGUUUCUAAUUAACUCUAGAACUUGUUCUUCUUUGGAAGAGUGUAUUUCUUUCCCAUCAAGUGUAUAGUACAUCUAAUAACAAUUUUUUCAAGUAGAUGGCGGGGGGGUGCUCUCUGGUCCCUUUAAACUCUGUUGGAAUUCACAAAAAGAAACCGGUGGUGAGUGGACGCCUCCUCUUGCAGGACCUACACAGAGCUAGCUUGAGGAAGGAAUGCUAGAAAGUCACUCUAUAACAGCAGCAAAAAAAAUUGCAUUAUUUACUUUUAAGAUACGUAUACAUUAUACCAUGCAACAACUUCAUAAUUGCAUGGCAAAGCUUGUGUUUGUAUGGAGUUAAGAAAUGGUAGUUAUUUGCUACUUAGUCUGUAAUUGUCAGUGGGGUUAAGUACCAUAUUCCAAAGGUGAGGUGACAUGUAGUUUGCUGGUCUUAGAUUUUACAAGGUCUGUGUCAGUGACUGAAUUGAAGAGAUAAUUGUCAUGUAAUUACAUGGUAGCUGCCAUAUCCUUACAUGUUCAAAAGCCGCCAUGUAGUUCUUCUGAGAUUGUUUGUGCCUUGUAAAAUGAUAAAAUACUAGAAUGUUACGAGCAGGCAUAGCAUCGUACCUCUCUCCGACAGCGUGAUACAAACAGUCAGAUGACUGUUUAGAUGAAAGAUCUUACGUGCACAACAUUUCAGAGAGGUGUUUAUUUUGGUUUAAUUUUAAGCUUCAUAGAAAAUCACUUCGGAAUUCAGCAUGCAUGCCUGUCUUCAGGUUUAUUUUAUUUCCCUGAGUUUGCAUGAAUGCCAGGGGAUUAGGUGGCUGUUGAUUUAUUUAGGUGUUUCAAGCUUUUCUAGCCUUAAGUCAUUCAGCAGAGCUUGUGCCACACCACCCACAAAGGGGAAUCUGUUCAAGAAGUACCUAUGGAAAGAGGAAGGAAAUAUGCUGGGGACAGAGAGAAAAUUCUCUCAAAUUUUAUAUUCUGGGAUACAUAAACCUUCAAAGAUUCCAGUACUUUGGCAGGGGAAAAUGUUUUUACUUCUUUUUUAUUUUUUUAAGCAUCAGUCUUUUGAUUUCUGUUCUGGUUGUUUGUUUCAGGGAUCACAUUGCUAUUUUCUUGAACAGUCUUAUUGCCAAUGGAAGAGUGUGAUUUGUACAGUUCUUUUAUUUUUGUAAGUUAGUUGUAUCUUUAAUAUUGCAUAUUUUAAAACAGCGCUAAAAGUAUAUAAAGAUUUUGGGAGUUUCUAACAAGUUUUCACUAAUCAGUGAAUACCGAUGAGCUGAAUGCCUAUCAUGCCGUGGGAUAUGAUAAAAAUCUUCAGAAGCAGAGAGAUGAUUAUACAAACAAGAUCAGAGCAAAUUCCAGUAAAUUAAUCUGCUUUGGUUAUACCGUGUCCUUCCACAUCUCAAGUAUGUUGUCUCUGGUACUUGAUCAUAGUGCGGAGAUAGAAUUUUGUAUAUUCAUUAAGUUAGAAACUUGUAAGUUAGAUAAAAUGUCAAGUCAUCGCCCUGUCUUGCGUUAUGUUAAGAAUAUACCGAGAAAGAAAUUAUCAUUUAAAAUACAAGAUUAUUCUUUUUUUCCAAAGAUGAUCUACUCAUAAUGUUCAUGGAUAACAAUAAUCAGAUAGAAAAAUUAUAUGCAUUGCAAAUUACUGAUGAAAACUAAUACGGGAUUAAGAUAUGUACCUGAGACUGUUGUACUGGUUCUUACAUCUGUAAUUUAUGGCUGUUUGAAGUCUCUUGCAUGUCACGUCAGUUGUAUGCACUGCAGAAAGGCAGUAUCAUAUUUUGACUGGGUAUUCAUUUAGUCGUGGAACUUUGUAUCUUUACUCUGGAAGAACAUCUAGCCCGCUUUAUUAAAGAACGAAUUAACAAAUUUUCUGGGCUGUGCUUGUGCUGUUUUCUCAAAAAGGAGGGAAGGCUUUUUGACUAGAACACUGGAAGUAUGAUUUCUGAGAACAAGGGUGAUUAAAAACUUAAAAACUGUAUCAUUAUCUAUAUAAGCACAAAGAUUAUUAAUAUUUUAAUCAGAUUUUAUAUAUAUGAUCCAGGGAAUAAAACUGCUUGUCAUUUAUCUCACCCAAACAACAUAGAACAUUCCCUAUUUUACCAUAUUUAAUGUAUCUGAAAAUAACAAACCAGAAUUCAAUGUGGUAUAACUUUUCUGCAAUUUCAUGAAACUUGGGUAUAGUUACAUCAUUGUGUCAGUCACAGUGCCAGUAUCUGUACAGUACUUUUCUGAAUCUCAGUACUUUAUUUCACAUUCUUAAAUGUUUCCUGUGAUUCUCCAGUAUGUUCUCCUCAUUAGAUGGCACUGAGGCAGCUGUUUAAAAGAUUAAAUUUCACAUUUCAGGUGCACUUGUGCCUGGCAGUUACAAUGUCAUCUGUUCAAAUACGGACACAGCAAUCCUAACAUAAACAGAUUUCUGAGUUCUGGGUGUCAGCCCUUAAAUAAUACUUCUGAUUUUGUGCUGUUGGUCUUGAGUGAAUGUCUGUAAUGGUUCAUUAGACUUGAAAAGGUGCAAUUUCAUAAAAUAAACUUCAUUUGGCUACAGAA